AUGCAAAAAGAAUCAAAAUUUAGCAAAACACUAGCAGGAUCUGUAAUUAAUUUCCUCCGAAGCGCUCAGCCUGCUCCUUUUGAUGCUAUUCUUGCCCAUCUUGAAGGUGUUUAUCAGUCACUGAGAAAUAUUUCUGGAGCUAAGUAUAAAGGGAAUGACAUCCCAAGAUCUUUGAGGGGUUUAUCGCAUUUAAAAGCAUUUAAAAUCAAUGGAGAUAUGUGAUCUCUUGACGUAAAAAUCCAAUCAGGAAGAUAAAGCCAAGGAAUACGAAACUAUGAAAUCAUCACUCUUAGAAAAACGCAAAAAGAGAAGCAGGGCCAGCAAUAAGCUGCCUUCAGUGCCUAGCACCACAAAAAACUCAAAAUUUAUUUACAUGCUUGAGCAUUACUCAGUCAUUCUGAAAAGGGACCCAAUUUUCAGCAAGCUCUUUAAAGACUCAUUUAAGGUAAAUUUAAAACAGAAAGUAAAAGGAAAUGAACAAAUAGAAGAAUGCAUCCAAAAGGUAGGAUCAUGAGAAAGACUACUAGGAAUGGUCCAAGGAUAUGUAAUUACUGCAAAUUAUUGUAUGCUUUAUGUAGUUGAAGAGUUGAAAACCAAAAUGGAAAUGAAUGAGCACAACCCAGAAUUAGAAGAAACAUACAGGUUUUUGCUAGGACAUUUAAAUAAAAUUGAGCAGCUGGCUGAAUAA